AUGCUGCGGGCCGCGCUGCCGCUACUGCUGCCGCUGCUGCUUCUGCUGCUGGACCCGGCGCGUUCGCAGCCCUUCCCGUGCCCCGCGUUCUGCGCGUGCACCUUCCGCGACGCGGCGCAGUGCUCGGGCGUGGGCGUGGCGCAGAUCCCCGCGCUGGGCCUGCCCGCCAACCUCACGCACCUGGUGCUGCACUCGCUGCGGCCGGGCACGCUGCGCGACGACAGCUUCCGCGGCAUGACGGUGCUGCAGCGGCUCAUCCUGGUGGACAGCCCGGUGGCGCGCGUGGCGCCCGGCGCCUUCGACGACCUGCGGCGGCUCAAGACGCUGCGCCUGUCGCGCGACGGCCUGGUCCAGCUGCCGCGCGGGCUCCUGGCGCGGCUGGAACAGCUGGAGCAGCUGUUCCUGGACCGCAACGCGCUGCGCAGCCUCGAGCCCGACGCCUUCGCCCCGCUGGCGCGCCUGCAGGAGCUGUCGCUCAGCCACAACCGGCUCUCCGCCCUGCCCGCCGCGCUCUUCGCCGGCCUGGGGCGGCUGCGCGCCCUGGACCUGUCCGCCAACGCCCUGGCGCACCUGCCCCCCGGGCUCUUCGGGGCGCUGGGGCGGCUGGAGCGCCUGGCCCUCCACGACAACCAGCUCGCGGCGCUGGACGCCGGCCUGCUCCGGGCGCUGCGCUCCCUGCGGGCGCUGCACCUCCACCGCAACCGCCUGCAGGCCGUGGCCCCGCGCGCCUUCGACGGCCUCGCCAGCCUGGGCAACCUCACGCUGCAGGAGAACCGACUCCGGGCGCUGCCCCCCGCGCUCUUCCUGCCCGCGCGCGGCCUGGAGGAGCUGCGGCUGGAGCGCAACCAGCUGCAGGCGCUGCCCGGGGACGCCUUCGCCGCCCUGCCCCGGCUGCGCCUCGUCCUGCUGGGACACAACCCCUGGCGCUGCGACUGCGGCCUCUGGCCCUUCCUGGGCUGGCUGCAGCGGCACCCGCAGCUCCUGGGCCCAGCCGAGCCCCCGAAGUGCCACGGCCCCGCGCCGCAUGCGGGGCUGCCGCUGCUCGGCGUCCUUCCCGCUCUCGGGGCUGCCUGCUCCGGCUCCCCGGGGACGCCGUCUCCCCGCCCGGCCACGCACCCCCUCUCCGUUCCCGGCCCUCCCAGCCCCCCUGCUCGGGAGCCCACCCCAGGCCCCGCGGAACCCUGGGCGUGGGCCCAGAGCGUGGCCCUGGAGCAAAAGCGGGACCACAGCCUGUUCUUUGCGCUCUAUUUUCUACUCUGGGUCUCGCAGGCCGUCGUGACGGGGAUCAUCGUGUUCACGAUGGUGAAACUCGGCCGGCUCUUCCGAAAAGCGAUCCAAGAAAGAGCCCUUUUUUGAGGAUGGAGAGAACCAGGGGACCCACCCGAGGCCCAGCGACUACUCUGCAGUUUCUUGCUCUCCCUAGUCCCUCUCCCCACCCCAUCUCCCUUCCACCCCACCACCAUAUCUCCCUGUACCCAAUCUUUUCCUUUAGUAAAAUGCUUUGGAGGGACUGUUUG